UCCUUCGACCCGCGCUGCUCGCCUCGACCGGGCCUGAGUGCGGCUGGGCCGCGUUCGUAGCCCUGAAGCGGGCGGUCCGCCACGACUCCGGUCCCGCCCCGCUCCUCCUCGCUUGCCCGCUGUCGGUUCUCGGCCUUUCCCUCCCGUGUGUCCGUGGAGGGCCUGGUCAGUCUGGCGUGACAAAAAUCGCGGGGUGCCGAGCGUGCGCCGUCGUUAUGGCAACGGCCGGAAGUGGGUUUGCGGCGCCGCGCGCUGGCCGGAAAUGACGCUGCGGUUCGCGCGGAGGCGGUGGAGCCGGGCCGGAGCCAUGUCAGCGGGAGGCGGCGGGCAGCGCGACGCUGGGACCGCGGGCGGGCGGCGCAGCAAAUGGGAUCAGCCCGGCCCGGCCCCCGCCUUCCUUCUCUCUGGCGCGGCCCCGCUGCCCGGCCGGCCUUUCCCCGGCGGCGGAGAUGGCGGCAGCGCCGUGGGGGUCUCUGAGAGCUCCGCAGCUCCGUCGGGUGCCCUGGAUGCGGCCGCGGCCGUGGCGGCGAAAAUCAACGCGAUGUUAAUGGCCAAAGGGAAGCUGAAGCCGGCGCCCAACGCGGCGGAUAAGCUGCAGGCUCUGGGGAAAGGCCCGGCCACAAAUAAAAGCAAAGAUGACCUCGUGGUUGCAGAGGUGGAAAUCAACGAUGUGCCCCUCACAUGCAGAAACCUCCUGACGAGGGGGCAGACCCAGGAUGAGAUAAGUCGACUGAGUGGAGCUGCUGUCUCCACUCGAGGGCGGUUCAUGACUGCAGAGGAGAAAGCAAAAGUGGGACCUGGAGAUCGGCCUUUGUAUCUUCAUGUCCAGGGUCAGACAAGGGAGCUGGUUGACAGAGCUGUUAAUCGUAUUAAAGAGAUAAUUACUAAUGGAGUAGUGAAGGCUGCCACAGGUUCUAGUCCAACAUUCAAUGGAGCUACAGUGACUGUGUACCACCAGCCAGCCCCCAUCACUCAGAUGUCUCCAGCAGUUGGUCAGAAACCUCCAUUCCAGUCAGGGAUGCAUUACGUUCAGGACAAAUUAUUUGUUGGUCUGGAACAUGCUGUACCUACAUUUAAUGUGAAGGAGAAGGUGGAAGGGCCUGGUUGCUCCUAUUUGCAGCAUAUUCAGAUUGAAACAGGUGCCAAAGUCUUUCUUCGUGGAAAAGGCUCAGGUUGCAUAGAACCAGCAUCAGGCAGAGAAGCUUUUGAACCCAUGUACAUCUACAUCAGUCACCCAAAGCCAGAAGGUUUGGCAGCUGCUAAAAAGCUGUGUGAAAAUCUGUUGCAAACUGUUCAUGCUGAAUACUCUCGAUUUGUGAAUCAGAUAACUACAGCUGUACCUUUAGCAGGCUUUGCACAGCCUGCUGCUAUCAACAGUGUUCCUUCUCAGCCAUCAUAUUACCCUUCCAAUGGAUAUCAGUCUGGUUAUCCUGUUGUUCCCCCUCCUCAGCAACCAGUUCAGCCUCCAUAUGGUGUACCAGGCAUAGUUCCACCUGCAGUGCCAAUGGCACCAGGAGUCCUAACAACACUACCUACAGGAGUUCCACCUGUGCCAACACAGUAUCCAAUAUCUCAAGUACAGCCUCCAGCCAGCACUGGGCAGAGUCCACUGAGUGCUCCUUUCCUUCCUGCUGCUGCCCCAGUCAAAACAACCCUGCCAGCUGGUACACAGCCACAAGUCCAACCCCAUCCCCAAGGCCAAAAGAGGCGCUUCACCGAGGAACUGCCCGAUGAGAGGGAGUCAGGACUGCUGGGAUAUCAGCAUGGACCCAUUCAUAUGACUAAUUUAGGUACAGGCUUCUCCAGUCAGAGUGAAAUCGAUGGAGCCGGGUCGAAGUCAGCAAGUUCCUCAGGAAAGGAGAGAGAGAGGGACAGGCAGUUGAUGCCUCCACCAGCUUUUCCUGUCACUGGGAUGAAAUCAGAAUCUGAAGAAAGAAAUGGUGUGGGGUCUUUACCAAGCAGCCAUGAUCAUCAAGCAAAGAAGAUGAAAACAUCCGAGAAAGGCUUUGGAUUGGUGGCAUAUGCUGGAGAUUCAUCAGAUGAAGAGGAGGAACACGGUGGCCAUAAAAAUGCAAGUACUUUUUCACAGGGGUGGAGUUUGGGAUACCAGUAUCCUUCCUCACAACAGCGAGCCAAACAACAGAUGCCAUUUUGGAUGGCACCAUAGAAGCUACAGAACUGUCUCUUCAUUCAUCUCUCUUUUUUUUUUUUCCCUCUAGCAAUAAUGCAUGUAUAUUACAAAAGGAACUUUGCAAAUAUGCAUUGUUUUUACAUUUGCAGAAGCUAAAGGUUCAGUAUUCCGCCUUGAAAGGGCUCCAUUAUUUUUAAACUCUUUAUUUCUGCAGUGAAUUUGUCAUCUAUGAAAACCAUUUGAAAUAGCAUUUGGACAGGGCCAGUCCCUCACAGCGUGGGGGAGGUUUUGGAAAGAGAAACCUGUCGCUCUGUGUUUCCCAUUUUUCCAGGGUAACAAAAAAAACAAGGAUACUGUCAGCCACGCUGACUUCACCACCCAUCUGGUGUUGUAUUUUAUUUAGUGCUCCUGCUGUCAGCCUGUGCUCACAGUCCCAUUAAUGGUGACUGUGGAUUCAGUGUUUGGACUUUCGACAAAGGAAAGCAGUUAUCAAAUAGUUCAGAGAAAUUUGCUGGAUGACGUUUCUUGAAGUUGAUAAUUUUGCUUUUACUUUAAGCAUCUCCUGUUGUAACUCCACAUUGUGUUUUUUCUUUGCAAUGUGGUUUCUCUAACCCCACGACCUCUGGUUCCAGCCAAGUGCUGGGGGGAGGGGGGAGGGAUGGGGGUUGUUUUGUCCUUCGUGGGUUCAUCCUGCUGCUGCCCCCAGCUGCUGUGCUGCUGUCACACAGAUGCUCCCCCACCUCCAGCAAUCCCUGCCUCCUUCAUUCUGCUCAGCAGUUCGUAUGGGACCUCUCCUCUCCGGGUUCUCCAAGCUUUUCCCACUCUCUUAACUCGCUUUGAUUCCACCCGUUCUGUUUCCCGGUGCUCAACAAACAAGGAGAGAAAGGCAGCGGGUCGCUUUGGUG